AUCAGAUCGAUUUGAAUCGGAUUGAAAGAAGAAAAUUGAACGAACCCCCACACCACACUCUCUCAGACCACGGUGGCUCUUUGGUCUAUCGGAGAAAAAUUAGGGUUUACCAUCGGCGUGGGUUUACCAUCGGCGAAGAAUGGGUACGUCGGUGCAGGUUUCUCCACUGUGCGGAGUGUACAACGAGAAUCCACUCUCCUACUUAGUCUCCAUCGAUGGCUUCAACUUCCUCCUCGACUGUGGUUGGAACGACCUCUUUGACCCUUCUCUCCUCGAACCUCUCUCCAGGGUUGCUUCUACCAUAGAUGCGGUUUUGCUUUCUCACCCGGAUACGCUUCACCUCGGUGCUCUUCCUUAUGCCAUGAAGCAGCUUGGACUCUCUGCUCCCGUUUACGCCACUGAGCCGGUUCACAGAUUAGGUCUCCUCACAAUGUAUGAUCAGUAUCUAUCCAGAAAGCAAGUCUCCGACUUUGAUCUGUUUACGCUGGAUGACAUUGAUUCAGCUUUCCAGAAUGUCAUCAGAUUGACUUUCUCUCAGAACUACCAUCUUUCUGGAAAGGGAGAGGGUAUUGUAAUUGCUCCUCAUGUUGCUGGACAUAUGCUGGGAGGUAGCAUUUGGAAGAUAACAAAGGAUGGGGAGGAGGUUGUGUAUGCUGUUGACUACAAUCAUCGGAAAGAAAGGCAUUUAAACGGAACUGUUUUACAGUCUUUUGUUCGACCUGCUGUUCUGAUCACCGAUGCAUACAAUGCGCUUUAUACCAAUCAAACGCAAAGCCAUCACCGGGACACUGAAUUUUUAGAUACCAUUUCAAAACAUUUGGAAGUUGGGGGAAAUGUUUUAUUGCCAGUAGACACUGCGGGUCGAGUCCUGGAGCUUCUCUUGAUACUUGAACAGCAUUGGUCACAGAGAGCUUUUAGCUUUCCCAUUUACUUUCUCACAUAUGUGUCAUCUAGCACAAUUGACUAUGUUAAGAGCUUCCUCGAGUGGAUGAGUGACUCCAUUUCAAAGUCCUUUGAGACUUCUCGUGAUAAUGCCUUUCUAUUGAGGCAUGUCACUCUCUUGAUAAACAAGACUGAUCUGGAUAAUGCUCCACCUGGUCCAAAGGUUGUUCUUGCGUCCAUGGCUAGUCUUGAAGCUGGAUUUGCUCGAGACAUAUUCGUGGAA